GGCGCGUCGGUGCCAAUCCAAUAUGGAGCCGAAAACAUCCGUGCGGCACCCAGUGAGCAGAGAGGUAGCAGCAAUGUGAAGGGUGCGCCGCCCAGUCGUCACCGUGUCUCACAAGCCAAACCCGUCCAGGUCGCAGCCCCAUGGAGCCACCGCCGUGACGACGCCAGGUGGCGGGCCCGCGGAGCCGGCCGCCUCCAGCCGCCUCACCAUGACGCUGCGAUGGGAAAAGCUGUCGCCGGCCGAGUUUCAGCAGCUCCAGGACAUGGCCACAUACUCGUCCAAAAAACUGAAGGAUGUUCUGGAUGAAUUCGGCAAAGAUGGCCCUUUGUCAAAAUACCAGCCGGAUGGGGAUAUCGACUCGGAGGGCUUCAAGGUGUUCAUGGACACGUUCCUGGAGCAGGAGACUCCUGACGAGCUGUGCCGUCACCUGUUCCUCAGCUUCGUGCGCCGGCCGUCACGCGGCGCCCAGCUCGACGGCCGGGCUAUUAAAGAGAUGGCGGUGCUGAGCUCGACCACAGCGUGCGCGGCCAUCACAGCGCACAACCAGACCGGUUCGGUAACAAACUUGGCGCAGGUCAACUCUGUCGACAAGGAGGACAAGCUGAGCAGCAUUGCCGAGCGGUUUCACGGCCUGUCGGAGAAGCUGCACGGUCUGGGGCACCACCGCUCGGAACCAGAGCCGACGCAGCGGGCGCGCGCCGGCAGCCUCGGCGCCGCCGUCCACCCCAUGUUCACGGUGACGUCGCCGGCGUCGGCGGAGCGCAGCAGCGAUUCGUCACCCUCUCACAGUCAGGUCUCGCGCAAUUCGUCCAGAAAGUCCAACAACUCGCUGCUGGUCAACCCGGCGGCAGCCGAUAAGAAGGUUAUCAGAAAGUGCAGCGCCAUCGAGAUCCACAACGUGCGCGUGUCCGUGAAGGAUAUCGUCUGUUACCUGUCUCUGCUGGAGGGAGGUCGCCCAGAAGACAAGCUCGAGUUCAUGUUUCGUCUUUACGACAGUGACGGCAACGGUGUUCUGGACACUUACGAAAUGGAUAGCAUUGUGAACCAAAUGAUGUCUGUAGCUGAGUAUCUUGGAUGGGAUGUAUCGGAACUGAAGCCGAUUCUGCAGGACAUGAUGGUGGAAAUUGACUACGACGGCGACGGCACCGUCUCCCUGGACGAAUGGAUGAGGGGAGGCAUGACCACCAUACCUUUGUUGGUCCUCCUCGGUCUGGAUGCGAAUGUGAAGGAUGAUGGCAACCACCUGUGGCGGUUGAAGCAUUUCAACCGGCCUGCCUACUGCAACCUCUGCCUGACGAUGCUAAUGGGGCUUGGGAAAAAGGGACUCUGCUGCAUCUUUUGCAAGUACACCGUCCACGAGCGUUGUGUACAGCGCGCUCCAGCGUCUUGCAUAGCCACUUAUGUCAAGUCCAAGAAGACGUCACAAAGCAUGCUGCACCACUGGGUGGAAGGCAAUUGUGUGGGGAAAUGCUCCAAGUGCAAGAAGACAAUAAAGGCGUAUAACGGCAUCACUGGACUGCACUGUCGAUGGUGCCAGAUGAGCCUCCACAACCGGUGCGUGGCGCAGGUGAAGCCUGACUGUCAGCUGGGCGAGCUGCGCUCCCACGUGCUGCCGCCUACGGCCAUCUGUCCGAUCGUGCUGGACCGGCAGCGUUCCGUCAGUCGGGAUCGGCGCAGCACGCGCCACGACGACAACCAUGGGCCAAUGUCCUUUCAAAUCAGCCCACCGGAUGGCUGCAAGCCACUGCUAGUGUUCGUGAAUCCCAAGUCCGGCGGACGGCAAGGCGCCAGAAUACUCCGGAAACUGCAGUACCUGCUGAACCCUCGCCAAGUGUACAACCUGACAAAGGGCGGCCCGACGCAAGGCCUGCAGCUGUUCAAGGACGUGCCUGACCUGCGCGUCAUCUGCUGCGGUGGCGACGGCACCAUCGGCUGGAUCCUGGACAGCAUGGACCGCGUGCAGCUGGCGCAGCCGCCCUGCGUCGGCGUCAUCCCGCUGGGCACCGGCAAUGACCUGGCGCGCUGCCUCCGCUGGGGCGGUGGCUACGAGGGCGAGUCCAUCUACAAAAUACUGAAGAAAAUCGAGUUGGCGACGCCGGUGAUGAUGGACCGUUGGCGGAUCGAGGUGUCCGAUAACCAGGUGCAGGACGACGAGGCGCCCGGAGAGCCGAUCCCCUACAACAUCAUCAACAACUACUUCUCCAUAGGCGUGGAUGCCGCGAUAUGCGUCAAGUUUCACCUUGAACGAGAGAAAAAUCCGGAAAAGUUUAAUUCAAGAGUGAAGAACAAACUUUGGUAUUUUGAGUUCGCUACGUCAGAAACGUUUACGGCAUCAUGCAAGAAUCUUCACGAGGAAAUUGACAUCAUGUGUGACGGCGUAUCGCUGGACCUGGCGAACGGACCGUCACUUCAGGGCAUCCUCCUGCUCAACAUUCCGUACACCCACGGCGGCUCUAACCUCUGGGGAGACCAGGGCAAGAAGAAGUCCAAGAAGCGAAAAAAGCAGGACAGAGACCGCGAACUGAGCAGCAUUUCGUUCAAUUCGCUUGAUCUCAGCUGCGCCAUUCAGGACAUCGGUGACAAGAUGAUCGAGGUGAUCGGUCUAGAGAACUGUCUGCACAUGGGCCAGGUGAAGACGGGCCUGCGCGCCUCCGGCCGCCGGCUGGCCCAGUGCUCGUCCGUGGUGGUCCGCACGCGAAAACGGUUCCCCAUGCAGAUCGACGGUGAACCCUGGAUGCAGCCGCCAUGCACGAUCCAGAUCACCCACAAGAACCAGGUGCCGAUGCUGAUGGCACCGCCCUCCACCUCACGCGCCAGUGGCCUUUUCCGGUUCAUCCGGAACAAGUAAUGGUGCCGUGCGAUCGACCAAGCAGCCAAGUCUACGCUUAUCUUCUGCAGCCACCGAUAGAGGGGUGCCACAGGGAACUUAGACAUCUAGAGUGAAUGCACUUUGCGCUGAAAGAUUACCUCAGAGUGGGACCACCUCGCGUCCGAGUCCACCGACACCCAGCCCCUGUCUUGUUCUCGUGUCUGACUGCGGGAGGUAGCAUGACGUCUUCAAGCCGAGUUUUCUAUACCCCUGCGUCGGGUGCAGCGGCCAGAGAGCCUGCCACAUUGUAGAGUUUCUAUCCAGAGUCCAUCUUUAAUCAUUAGCUGUGGGUGCUUGUUGUUUAUUAUCGUUGUUGUUGUGCCAAGGUGCAGGGUAUAUCGCUUCUCCGGAGCGGAGUCGCGCCUCGUGAGCUAUCUUGCAUAACAGCCAGUGCGUCUGUGCGUUCCGGGAGUGCGUCUGUGCGUUCCAGAGGUGUGGAUGUUCAAGCUUGUGCCAAAAUAUCAGGGCUUUUGAAGUCGUGCCGUGGAGCUGAUCGCUUUUAUGGGUUUAAUUACGAUAUCAGUGAAUCUUUACCCAAAUUUGUAUUGUCUUCCAUUAACCCUGAAUAUUUAUGUCCCUUCAUUAUGAUUGAAAACAGGUAGAAAAUAUUUACUCUGGCGCUAAACUCAUUUAAGUUCUCUACCUAACCUGUGUUGAAUAUGAUAUCGGAAGUAGCCAUGUUGCUCUCAAAACGCACAGAGCACUCCUCACUCGCCACUAAGUCACAACGUAGCAAAGUGCUUAUGUGUGUUCCAACUGCACCACAGUUCCUCACUCUCAUCGUCUUCAUUUCUCCUCAUCUCUGUGAAAGAGUUGCCAGGGUCUCUCUCCCUCCCUGGCACUCGUGUGCACGUACUUCCACGCCGACACAAACAUGCGCACACACAUGCCUGCCCUGCAGAGCUGGCGGCGGGCGAGCGCGUGGAGUGCAGUCCCGCGCGGCGGUGUCCGGCGCCCGGCGGGCGUUCCUGCGUGCGCGACGGGCCGCCCCGCUGGCGCCGCUCGAUUUCAGUUUGCCGCCCGCUCUGCUCAUGCAUGCUGGUUUGUUGAUUUGACGAGAAUCUCUAGUGCAGAGUACAAAUGUGAAGCAUUUGAGAUGAUGCCGCACUAGCUAGGAGAAAGGACAAAGGGCUCAUGUCCUUUCCCCUGCAUGCGGUAUCGCCGCUCGAUGCCCCUCUCCUUCCUUCUUCUUCCUGUCUCUCUUCUUUCCAGCGUGAAGGUACCGGAGACCAAGCUAGGUGUGUCAUCAUCAGAAUUUAUGCGUGUUUUGACUUCAUGUCCGUGUGGUCCGUUGCCGUUCCGGGCAUUUGUUGAUGAUUCGUUUUCUAUCUGCGCGGCGUCCCUGUACAUAGUCGUGCCUGCUGUUAAGCCCUUUUGUCGGUUGGUCAGCCGGGCGAGCCAGCUGACCGCAAAGCCUCUGACGGCAAGCUCUUGUCAGUUGACUGCGUCCGGGCCAAUCGAAUUCCAAUUGUCCGUAGCUGUUAUCGCAGGACGCGUCAUGAUUUCUGGGUAAAACAGGAAAGCAUUUGUAUGUGUUAAACACAGAUGUGCGUGUUUCGGUAUUUUUCACAUCCGUCGGGUCGGGGAGGGCGGUGCUUGUUGACCCCUCCCCGCUGGGGUCAAUGGAUUGGACCACUGCCUGCGCGGUCAGAUUCAGUCCAAUGUGCGUGUGUCUUGUGGUUCGUCUUAGCCUUUGAAGACCAUGUGUAUGAAUUGUGAUUAUUAUAUCAUUGUUGCUUAUACAGAUAUUUAGUCAACUUUGUUUCUUCGUGUAAAUAAACUUUUCCCAAGCUG